AUUCAAGCGUUGCUGCUCUAUCAAAUAUUGCAGCAGACUAUUAGUCCUCAUGGUGAGUCGGAAAGAAGACGUCUAUGUCCUUUACGGAUCCCAAACGGGGAAUUCGGAGCAGGCGGCGAAGGAACUCUGUGAGCAGUUCUACACGAAGCUCAGCCCGGCAGCCAUUCAAAAGCUUACAGGAACAGAGGACACUAUCACAGUUGUUCCGACACAUAUGCAGCUCGACGACUUUUUAGAAUUGGAUCGUUGCAAGUGGACUCGUCUUGUUGUCAUCGUAACGAGCAGCUACGGCGUUGGCAUGGCUCCCCUCGGCUGCUACAGAUUCCGUGAAUUGUGCGACGCUUGGCUACAGCUGUACAAAGGAACCAAGCCAGCAAUCCUUGACGGGAUGUAUUUCGCAAUGUGUGGACUCGGAGACUCCAAGUACACAACGUAUUUUGAAAACCCUACAAAGAUUAACGAGAGCUUGCACUUGGUAGGCGCCCAGAGAGUUGGGCCUCUUGGGAAGGCUGAUGCAAGUGGAACAGGCACCGAAUUCCAACAAACCGUGAUCGCCCGGUGGAUGGAAGGGAUUUGGCCUCAUCUGGCCAAUGUUGUCGUAAAGGAGCCCCUUUCCGCUCAACGGCUUGAAACGAUGCAAAACUCCACGGAGGAACUUUGCAGAAAAAUCAACCCAGACUUUCUACCAAAACGAAAAGAAAUGGCGUUGCGUGUAGACCUCAUAGUGGCGGUUUCAGUUGUGCUGCUUGCGACAGCUUUAGUAUUCAUUUUUGGAGCUACAAAAUAA